GGCCAUUAAAAUGUCAAGUGAUAAAUCCGAGAAUUCUGUUGAUUCUAAACCUCCACAAAAUGAGCAAAAUCCCAACGAUGAUACAUCCAAGAGAUCUUUCAUGAGUGUUUUCAAACCAUUCGGGGCAGAAAAUUCUGCUUCCGCAAAAGCAAUCGAUGAAGUUCAGCCACCUACUCAUGAUGCUUCCAAAACUGCUGAUGAGAGGUACGAAGAAAUGGAGAAUUAUCUUCAAGUUGAUCAUGAGAGGAAUGCUAAAUUUAGAAGAAGACUAGCCUUUCUGUUCCCUUACAACGUCUUCUUACUGUGGGGUUCAAUUAAAUACGCUAAAAAUAUUCAUAAAAUAGCCAAGAGGUUUUGGCCAAACAGAAGAAAGUUCUCAGUUGGGAACUUCAUUUUAAUUGGAACUGUCCAAGCCCUUUUCUUCACAACUCUAUACGCAGGAGGUAAUUUAGCCAUUCUGGGGAUUAACCCAUUAAAGCCCCAAGAAUCAUUCAGAGAAGAUGCUGAGUUUGUCAAGGAUUCAAGCAAUCUGGUGGUCAUCCAGGCUCUAAAGUAUGCUGGACUCAGUGAAGACACCAUUCAAAGAAUAGAGAAUGAUCUUAAAAACUCAGAUAAAAAGACCCAAGAAGAUAAUCUAGAACAGAGUGAUGAUAACAAAGAAAACUAG